GUCUCAAAGCAGAUUCGGAGAUGGCUGGGGCCUGCUUGUUGCUCCUGCUCCUGAAGAUGUGUGGGAUCCACACGGAGGAGGAAACGAAGAACCCCUGGGGCUGGGAAAGAAAUGACUCUCAGGUUGCGAGUGAGGAUUGGAAGCAGCGUCUGCCCAAAAGCAUAAUCAUCGGAGUGCGGAAAGGGGGCACACGGGCCCUGCUGGAGAUGCUGAGCCUGCACCCCCAGGUGGCAGCUGCCCAUUCCGAGGUACAUUUCUUUAACAUGGAGGAAAAUUAUCAUAAAGGAUUGGGAUGGUACAGCCAACAGAUGCCAGUUUCACAGCCCAAUCAAAUCACUGUGGAAAAGACACCAGGCUAUUUCUCUUCCCUCAAGGCUCCAGAAAGGAUCCAUAUGGUAGACAGCGCUAUGAAGCUCCUCCUGAUUGUGCGGGACCCCGUGGAAAGGUUGGUGUCUGAUUACACCCAGAUCCUCCACAACCGCAAGGCAAGGCACAAGCCCUACCAAUCUCUGGAGCAGAUCCUGAGGAGGGGCCAGGAACUGAACACCAGGUACAAGGCCGUGCAGCGUAGCCUCUAUGCCGUACACUUGGCUCGGUGGCUGGAGUUCUUCCCGAGGAAACAGAUCCACGUGGUGGAUGGGGGCAGCCUAAUCCGGGAGCCGCUCUCAGAAAUGCGCCAUGUGGAGCACUUCUUGGGGCUGAAGCCUUACCUUGGCCCAGAAAACUUUUACUUCAACCAGACAAAAGGCUUCUACUGCCUUCAGGCAAGAGGGCAUCAGCAUUGCCUGGACCAAUCCAAAGGGAGACCCCAUCCCACUAUAGAUGAAUUACUGCUGGAACAACUCUGCACUUACUUCAGCGAGCACAACGAGAACUUCUUCGCCAUGGUGGGACGGACGUUCAACUGGUGCUAAGCCUUGCUUUGAGGCUUGCUGGUGAUUAACUGAGAUUGGGUAAUUCGGGAAUGGGAGAUCCAGAUGUUUAGGAAAAGGGCUUUCUGUGGUAGAGGUUUGUAUUCUUCUUUCAAAUAAGUUAGAAAUCAAGCUCUAUCACUGUGUUACACUCAGUGGUACAUACAUUUACAGGGAAGCAGCAGGAAGUAGGGGUGGUUGAUCUCUCUUGGGGAUGUUAUACUCUAAGCCAGGGGUACUGAACCUCCUUUUGACCAAGGGCUGAAUUCAAUUUCAGAGACACUCUC